AUGGAGUUUGUAACCGCCCUAGCAGACCUUCAAGGGGAGUGCAGUUGUCCCAUCUGUCUGGAUUACUUGAAAGACCCAGUGACCAUUAACUGUGGGCACAACUUCUGUUUUGACUGCCUCGAUCUGUCCUGGAAAGAUCUAAAUGAUGCCUUUCCCUGCCCUGUCUGCCGAUUUUUGUUUCCAGAAAGGAAGUUCAGGAGGAACCCCCAGCUCUGUAAUUUGACUGAAAUUGCUAAACUCCUCCAGAUCAGAAGGAGCAAGAGGAAGAGGCAAGAAGAAAAUGCUCUAUGUGAGAAACACAAUCAAUUUCUGACCCUUUUCUGUGUGAAGGAUCUGCAGAUUUUAUGUACCCAGUGCAGUUUCUCUGCUGAACAUCAGAGGCACUACAUUUGUCCCAUUAAGAAAGCUGCUACCUACCACAGAAGAAUUCUGGAAUCUAGCAUCGAGCCCUUGAAGGCUAAUGUGGAACGAGUUGAAAAAGUGAUCAUUCUGCAAAACAGGAAGUCUCUUGAGCUGAGAAAGAAGGUAGAAUAUAGGAAAGAAGAAAUAAAUUCUGAAUUUGAGCAAAUUAGACUGUUUUUACAGAAUGAACAAGAGGCUCUGCUUAAGCAGAUACAAGAUGAAGAGUUGGACAUUUUAUCAAAACUUAAUAAAAACCUCAUAACCUUCUCAGAUCAUGUUUCCACAGUAAAACGCUUACUGAAGGAAAUAGAGGGCAAGUGUGUGCGGUCAGACCUGGCAGUACUGAGGCAUGUUAAGAGUAUACGCCAAAAGUAUCAAAACCUAAAACGCCCUGAACUUUCUUCAUUCGGGUUAAAGAAGUAUGGCUUUAGUCUUCCUCCACAGUAUUCUGGCUUAGACAGAAUUAUACAGCAAUUUCAGGUAGACGUGAGUUUAGACCUUGACACAGCAUAUCCUCAGCUUAUUGUCUCUGAGGAUAGAAAAAGUGUAAAAUAUGGAAGAACGAAACAAAGUGUUUGUUAUAAUUCAAGGAGAUUUUAUCUCUGCCCUGCUGUCCUGGGUUCUAAGAUAUUUAAUUCUGGUAGACAUUACUGGGAGGUAGAUGUGGGAAACAAACCUCAGUGGACAUUGGGUGUGUGUCAUGAUUAUCUUCCUAGGAACUGGAGGAAUCGACCAUCAGUCCUGAGUGGCUUCUGGGCAAUUGGACGAUAUAUUGAGAGUGGUUAUGUUGUGUUUGGUCCUAAGAAAACCCAGCUUCUGCCAGUACCAAAACCCAGUAAGAUUGGCAUUUUUUUGGAUUUUGAAUUGGGUGAGGUUUCCUUUUAUAAUGUGAAUGACAGGUCUCUCCUGUAUAGUUUCAGUGAUUCUUUUACCAGAACCAUUUGGCCUUAUUUCUAUGUUGGAACAGAUUCUGAACCUCUUAAAAUCUUGUCAGUGGAUGACGAAAGAUAA